AUGGUGCUCUGGGGACUGUUAGUGGCCUUGCUCGUGGUUAUUGUGGGGUACCUGUGCCUGCCAGGGUUGCUCCGACAACGUAGACCCCAGGAGCCUCCUCUGGACAAGGGCACCAUACCCUGGCUGGGCCAUGCCAUGAUUUUCCGGAAGAACAUGCUUGAGUUCUUGAAGCAUAUGCAGUCCAAGCAUGGGGAUGUGUUCACCGUGCAGCUGGGGGGCCAGUACUUCACCUUUGUCAUGGAUCCUCUCUCCUUUGGCCCCAUCCUCAAGGAUGUGAAAAGAAAACUUGACUUUAUGGAAUAUGCAAAGACACUGGUGCUGAAGGUGUUUGGAUACCGGUCAAUUGAAGGGGACUACGAGAUGAUGCACUCGGCCAGUACCAAGUAUCUCAUGGGACCCAACUUGGAAGACCUCAACAAGGUCAUGCUGGACAGCCUGUCGCUGGUGAUGCUGGGGCCCGAAGGCCGGGAUCCAGAUGCCAACCAAUGGCAUGAGGUUGGUCUCUUUCACUUUUGUUAUGGCGUCAUGUUCAAGGCUGGCUACCUGAGCUUAUUUGGCCACACCAAGGACAAGAAGCAGGACUUGCUCCAGGCUGAAGAGAUAUUCAUGAAGUUCCGCAGGUUUGACCUUCUUUUCCCCAGGUUUGUCUAUUCUUUAUUGGGGCCCCGGGAGUGGCAAGAAGUAGGCCACCUCCAGCAGCUCUUUCACGAGCAGCUGUCUGAGAAGCACAGCCAGGAGAAAGAAGGCAUGAGCACCUGGAUAGGUCACAUGCUGCAGUUUCUCAGGGAGCAUGGAGUAGCCCCAGUUAUGCAGAGCAAGUUCAACUUCAUGAUGCUCUGGGCUUCCCUGGGAAACACAGGACCUGCCUCCUUCUGGGCUCUCCUGUUCCUCCUGAAACACCCGGAAGCCAUGCAAGCUGUAAAGGAGGAGGCCACCCGGGUCCUGGGCAAGGUGAGGCUGGAAGUCAAGCAGUCCUUCACCUUCCAGCUUAGUGCCUUGCAACACAUCCCCGUGCUGGACAGCGUGAUGGAGGAGACUCUGAGGCUGGGCGCUGCUCCCACGCUCUACCGGGUGGUGCAGGAAGACUAUGUCCUGACGAUGGCCAAUGGGCGGCAGUGCCUAUUCCGCCGGGGAGACAUCGUGACCCUCUUCCCCUACCUCUCAGUGCACAUGGACCCUGAGAUCCACCCAGAGCCCACCACCUUCAAGUACGAUCGCUUCCUCAACCCCAACGGGAGCCGCAAAAUGGACUUUUAUAAGGCAGGCCAGAAAAUCCACCACUACACCAUGCCCUGGGGCUCAGGCGUCUCCAUCUGCCCUGGGAGAUUCUUUGCUCUCAGUGAGAUGAAGCUCUUUGUCCUGCUCAUGGUCAACUACUUUGACUUGGAGCUGGUGGAUCCUAACACACCCGUGCCGCCUAUUGACCCUCGGCGCUGGGGCUUUGGAACCAUGCAGCCGAGCCAGGACGUGCAAAUCCGCUAUCGCCUGAAGCCCCUGGACUGAACUUUGGCCAAGCCGGCUGCAAGACAGACCGAAGGGGCUCCAGGUCCCACUGGCCCCCUUCCCCUCCCUCUGGUUCUGCGGCAACCCUGGGUGCUUCUGUCCUAGUUGAUCUCCUGGCUGUCAGGCCUCCCAGUCCUCUCCUUGUCAUUCUCUCUUGAAGCCACCACCUCUCCUGCUGGCUUCUGUAAAACCCUCUCACAGUGAAAGCCCUGGGAAGGGGAAAGGGGACAUACUAUCUUCUAGUGGGUGUAUUGUUUAAAAGGCAAAAAAGAAAACAUUUGCGAUUUGUUGCUUUACUUUACCCCAAAAUCAAAAUAAGUGUUUCAUAACAUUUCAGCAGGUGAUCAAUACCCAUGUCUCUUAGUUUACAUUCCUUUAAAAAAAAAUAAAUAAACCUCAUGUGUACUUUACACUGGUUGCAGAUUAACCACAUUCUAGGUGUAUUUUAACCUCACAUGGCCCUGGUAAUGGAAAGCACAGGUCUUAAAAAGGCUGCUUUGUAUCAUGUCCUCUUUUGAGCUUCUCUCUGCACUCUGCCUUGGGGUGGCCUCCACUCUCCAUGGGUUUCUGCACCCAUGGCAGCACCUGGAGUUUUUUCUCAUUCCCCAGUCGCCUAAAAGUCCCCAAGAACUCAACAUCUCUGACAGCUCAGCUCACACAAAAUUUGGCCUGUGUCCCCUGGCCUCUGCCCUAAGCCAUCCCUGCUCCUGCUUCCCUCUUUCCUGGCUCAAGACACUUCCAUCCUAGAAAACAAAGGCACGCUUGCUUCCUCCCUCUGCCUCCCCUACAUGAGAUCUUGCCCCAGUCCCAGCAGCUCAGCUCCCUGAGAGGCUCCUGAAACUGUUCCCUCCUCCCCACCCC